AUGGAUUCGUUUUCACGACUACCAGCAACCGCACAGGCCGCAAUCGGACUAUUUACCCUCUAUCUCAUCUACCAAGCCGUCAACGCCAUUACAUUAUGGCGACAGAGAGAAGCAAUCAAACGCGACAAGGGCUGUCUUCCAGCCAGGAGAAUGUCUCAAUUAGACCCAAUCCUCGGCAUCGAUAUGUUCAUUGCGAAUGUGAAAGCUCUGAAGAACCAUAGGUUACUUGAGACCGGAGUCGAACGAUUUCGUGAACUUGGAGGACAUACCUUCCAGAUGAAACUCUUGGGCCGAAAGCUCCACUUCACGACUGAACCGGAGAAUCUCAAGACCAUCCAAGCCUUGGAACAUAAGAAAUGGAGCCUGGGAAGACGGCGAAAGUACGGCUUUAGGCCUUUGCUGGGAGUUGGCAUCUUCACCACCGACGGCCAAGAAUGGCAACAUUCGCGCGACAUGUUAAGACCCAACUUCGCCAGAAGCCAGGUUGGAAAUCUUACGGAACUCGAAACACACGUUCGCCACCUCAUUGCUGCAAUUCCACACAACCAGCAGGUCGACCUCUCGGAGCUCUUCUUCCGCCUCACGAUCGACUCCGCUACCGAAUUCCUUUUUGGAGAGUCCACAGAAUCUCUCACCACGGAAAGCGCAACUGGCUUCGCGGAAGCUUUCAACUAUUCUCAGGACUUUAUCGCAAACAGCGCCAGAUGGGGACCCUGGGCGAGGCUCUUCACCGCCACCAAGCGCUUUGAAAACGACAGAAAGUUCAUAUUUGAUUUUGUUGAUUACUUUGUCGACCAAGGCCUUGCGAAGCGCGAUCAACUUUUGGCGGAGAAAUCCAGUGCUGAUCGGUACGUGUUCAUUGAUGAGCUUGUGCGGCAGACCCCGGAUCGCAUCCGCAUUCGAAGCGAGCUCCUGAACAUCCUGCUCGCUGGACGUGACACGACAGCUUCCUUGCUUACGAACGCGUGGUUCAUGCUCUCUAAGCGUCCGGAUAUCUGGAAGAAGCUACAGGCGGAAGUGGCUCGGCUGGACGGUGCGCUACCGACCUUCGAACAACUCAAGGAACUGAAGUACUUGAAAGCGGUACUGAACGAAUCCCUCCGCCUCCAUCCGGUAGUACCUUUGAAUAGCCGUGAAGCCACCGAAGACACCACUCUGCCCGUCGGGGGAGGACCAGAUGGCAGCCACCCACUCUUCAUCAAGAAGGGCGAACUCAUGGUGUGGAGUCUCUACGCCAUGCAUCGCCGUAAGGACUACUAUGGAGAAGAUGCCAACGAGUUCCGCCCAGAACGCUGGAUAGACAACGCAGAGACCGGCAAGAAAGGACUCAGACCUGGAUGGGAAUACUUGCCUUUCAAUGGAGGCCCGAGGAUUUGUCUGGGACAGCAAUUUGCGUUGACAGAAGCAAGUUACACAACAGUCAGAUUAUGUCAGGCCUUUGGCGGGAUUGAAAGUCGCGAUUCCGAGCCUUGGAUUGAGCAGAUUACUCUGACUUGUGUCAGUCAGAACGGAGCGAAGGUUGCUCUGAAUCCAAGGACGUCCUGA